GAUAAGGAGGCGGCGCAGGAACUAUAAGUCCUUAUCGAUACAUGUCGCGCUUCACAUAGGCGUGCACGGAGCCUUGGAGGGGUGAGUCAAGCACCCCGCGGCCACCCAAUAUAUUUCGGAGCGCAACAACGACCCAUUGAACACCACACGAUACCCCAAUCUCGCAACCAUGGCCGAAGCCACCUACUAUAUCGACGAAGACGUCGGUCACGACACCCCAGAACAAACUGGCGACGAAUCGCUGCCCUACAAAUCACUCGGAUACGCUGUCCUCACCCGCGGCGAGACAGCCAAGUUCCUCACCCGCAAGAGCGUCACUGGCGAGAUUGCAGAAGGCGCCGACGCGACAUCGAGGUUAGAAUGGAAGGAUGCCGCCAAGUCGGCCAUGAAGAAGGCCGUCAACUACGCCAAGACGCAGAAGAAGAAGCAGGAGAAGGACCAACAAUUGCUUGCGCAGCGCAUGAAGGAGGAGCACGAUCGCAACAAGGUGCUGGAUGAGGCUAAGAAGAUUGUUAUAGAAGAGGACAAGAGCCUGCCAGCGCCCAUCAAGAUCAAGCUCGACGACACCGACUCGAAGAAGAUUACACUGGGAGAUGGCAAGGACACAAAGGGCACACGUGUACGUGUCUUUGGUCGGGUACAUCGUGAGCGGAGACAAAAGGAUGUCAUGUUCGUUACUUUAAGAGAUGGCUACGGUCAGAUGCAAGUCAUCUUCACCGGAAACCUUGCAAAGACCUACGACGCCCUUACCUUGACCCGCGAGACCAGCAUGGAGAUUUUCGGAGAGCUGCGAAAGAUCCCAGAGGGCGCACACGCACCCAACAACCGCGAACUGCACGUCGACUACUACAAGAUCCACGAUGGAUGGAAGGCGGCGGGUGGUGAUGAUGCCAUUACCAACAGAGUAUCAAAGGACACUGAGCACGCGACACUACUUGACCUGCGACAUCUCACUCUCCGCGGAGAGACAGCCUCUAAGGUUAUGAUUGUCCGUGAUGCCGUCGAGUUUGCCUUCAACCAGGUGUACAAGGAAAUGCGAUUACGCAAGGUCAGCCCGCCAGCGCUCGUCCAGACGCAGGUCGAAGGCGGUGCCACGCUCUUCAAAUUCGGCUACUACAACGAAGAAGCCUACCUCACCCAGUCAUCCCAACUCUAUCUCGAGACCUGCCUUCCAUCCAUGGGCGACGUCUACUGUAUCGAGAAGUCUUUCCGCGCAGAGAAGUCACUCACCCGCCGCCAUCUAGCAGAGUACACGCACGUCGAAGCCGAACUCGACUACAUCAACUUCGACGACCUUCUCAACCACCUGGAAGAAGUCAUGUGCCGCGUCCUUGAAGUCACAAUGGCCGAUCCCGUCGUCAAGCAAUAUAUCAUGGACCUCAACCCGGAGUUCCAACUCCCCGAGCGACCAUUCAAGCGCAUGAAGUACCAGGACGCCAUUGACUGGCUCGUCGAGCACGAGAUCCCCAAUGAAGACGGCGAGCCGCACAAGUUCGGUGACGAUAUUGCUGAGGCUGCUGAGCGUCGCAUGACGGAUAUCAUCAACAGGCCUAUCUUCUUGACCCAUUUCCCCACAGAGAUCAAGGCUUUCUACAUGCUCAAGGACAAGGACGACGCGCGGGUCACCGAGAGCGUCGACUGCCUGAUGCCGGGUGUUGGUGAGAUUGUCGGAGGCAGCAUGAGGAUGGAUAACUACGAUGAGUUAAUGGGUGCGUUUGCACGUGAGGGUAUCGAUCCUGCGGCGUACUACUGGUACACCGACCAGAGGAAAUACGGUUCCUCCCCCCACGGCGGCUACGGCCUCGGUCUCGAGCGUUUCCUCGCCUGGCUCUGCAAGCAGCACACCGUCCGCGACUGCUGCCUGUACCCCCGCUAUUUCGGCCGCUGCAAGCCUUGAGAAAAGAACCCGACGUCCCCUUCCACGCAUCUUUGCCCCGAAGCUCUCGUCCUGCGGAACGAGAUGGAGUAUGAGUUGAAUUGAUUCAUGUGACGUGGCCCCACGAUAGCCAGGCUACCGCUUUUGCCAGCACACAUGGCCUCUAUUGUCUUGUCUUGUCGCAUUAGGCUGAGACGAAUGGGACCGAAGCGUUAGAUGAAAUCAUAUCCAAUCAACAUGUUUCCAUGCGCCCCGCCUUGUUUAUGUUUUGUUUUCCCGGUCAAAGACUGUGUUGCAGCCUCAUUGAUGUAUACACACGAAGCGGGGUCGAUAGGCCAUCAGCAGUUGCGCUGGGUCUUGGUUCGUUGCUUAUCGUGGAACUGUGUGCAACGCGUCUGACAUGGUGAACCCGGUGAACCCCCCAGUCGACCCGCAAACUCUCCUGCUCAUCUAUAUCGACUCUCACGUAAGGGAGCUGCAACUUCACAUUUCACAUG